AUGGAGAUCCCAUCAUCGCUCUUCAGAUCUACCCUGCUCCUUCUACUAGGAGUGUGCCACUGCUCUGGGAUCAGCUCCAUAGACACCGAUCGGACUGGGGAAGGCAAAUGUCAAGCCAUAGAGAUCCCCAUGUGUAAGGACAUCGGCUACAACAUGACUAGGAUGCCUAACCUGAUGGGACAUGAAAACCAGAGGGAGGCAGCCAUCCAGCUGCACGAGUUUGCCCCAUUGGUGGAGUAUGGCUGUCAUGGUCAUCUGAAGUUCUUCUUGUGCUCCUUGUAUGCUCCCAUGUGCACUGAGCAGGUGUCCACCCCUAUCCCAGCCUGCAGGGUCAUGUGUGAGCAGGCCAGGUUCAAGUGUUCUCCCAUCAUGGAGCAGUUUAAUUUUAAGUGGCCGGACUCUCUUGAUUGCAGCAAAUUGCCCAAUAAAAAUGACCCCAAUUACCUGUGCAUGGAAGCCCCGAAUAAUGGAUCUGACGAGGCUCCUAGAGGGUCAAGUAUGCUGCCUCCUAUAUUUAGGCCAAGACCUAAUAGUGGCCUUGACCCACAACCUAAGGAUAUUCCGAGCAGAGCGACCUGUGAGAACUCAGGAAAGUUUCACCAUGUAGAGAAAAGUGCAUCUUGUGCCCCUCUUUGUACAUCCGGAGUUGAUGUAUACUGGAGCAAGAAUGACAAGAAGUUUGCCUUCAUCUGGAUUGCUAUUUGGUCCAUACUGUGCUUUUUCUCCAGUGCUUUCACUGUCCUCACUUUCCUUAUAGACCCCCAACGCUUUAGGUACCCAGAAAGGCCUAUUAUUUUUCUGUCCAUGUGCUUCUGCGUGUACUCCAUAGGAUAUAUCAUUCGACUCUUUGCUGGAGCUGAUAGUAUCGCUUGCGACAGGGACAGCGGACAACUUUAUGUUAUCCAGGAGGGCCUGGAAAGCACUGGUUGCACCAUAGUGUUUCUCAUCCUCUACUACUUUGGCAUGGCAAGCUCUUUAUGGUGGGUUAUUUUAACAUUGACAUGGUUUUUGGCUGCUGGGAAGAAGUGGGGCCAUGAAGCUAUUGAAGCAAACAGCAGCUAUUUCCAUCUAGCUGCCUGGGCUAUCCCAGCUGUGAAGACCAUCAUGAUCUUGGUGAUGAGGAGAGUGGCUGGGGAUGAACUGACUGGGGUCUGUUAUGUGGGGAGCAUGGAUGUCAAUGCCCUGACCGGCUUUGUGCUUAUUCCCUUAGCAUGCUACCUCAUAAUAGGCACCUCAUUCAUCCUGUCUGGGUUUGUGGCCCUCUUCCAUAUCAGGAGAGUGAUGAAAACUGGAGGGGAGAAUACUGACAAACUAGAGAAACUAAUGGUCAGAAUUGGGGUCUUCUCUGUCCUUUACACUGUUCCUGCCACCUGUGUCAUUGCUUGCUACUUUUACGAGCGACUAAACAUGGACUACUGGAAAAUACUAGCUACGCAGGAUAAGUGUAAGAUGAAUGCUCAGACUAAGACCUUAGACUGUACCAUGACAAACUCUAUCCCAGCAGUAGAAAUAUUCAUGGUGAAAAUAUUUAUGUUGUUAGUGGUGGGUAUCACUAGCGGGAUGUGGAUAUGGACUUCUAAAACCUUACAAUCGUGGCAGAAUGUUUUCAGCAAGCGAUUAAAGAAAAGGAGCAGGCGAAAACCUGCCAGUGUCAUAACAAGUACGGGAAUCUACAAAAAAACUCAACACCCACAAAAAAUCCACCAUGGAAAGUAUGAAUCAGCCUUACAGCCUCCAACCUGUGUAUGA